CAUUGGGUUCGCAGUCGCUGCAGUUGGGAGAACAGAUCUUGCACAGCCACCCGAGCUCGCUACUUCGCAGAGCCUCCCCGCGGCGUUGGGGACAGCCCAGCCUCCGUCUCUCCGGUCCUAGCCGUCGGGCCGAUUUGGAGGAAGUGCUCCGCGGCCGGGGCCGCAGGCCCAGUACCCGGUGCGCGCGGACUGGAUCGCUGACCGUCCGGGCGGGCUGCGGAGUUCCCCCGCCGGGGCGAGGGAAGCGCGCCCGGGUGGGGACCCGAUCGAAGGGCUCGCGGCGCGGCGGCAGCACCCCGAGGUCCGGCGGUGAGCGUGACCUCACGGGGAGGGGCCAACGCGCAGCCGGGACACCCAACCCAGCGCGCAAAGAGCGGAGAGGAUCGGAGUAGCCGGAGCGCACGCCGUGGCCCCGAUGGAGCGGUACAAAGCCCUGGAGCAGCUGCUGACAGAGCUGGAAGACUUCCUCAAGGUUCUGGAUCAGGAGAACCUGAGCAGUGCAGCUGUGGUGAGGAAGAGUGGCCUGGUGGAGCUCCUGAGGCUGUACACCAAGAGCAGCAGUUCUGAUGAAGAAUAUAUUUAUAUGAACAAAGUGUCAGUCAGCAGGGAACAGAACUCAGCAUCUCUGGACAAAGUGCCCGAGGAGCAGGGUCCACUGGCAAAUGGGGAACCCAGCCAGCAUUCUUCAGCCCCUCAGAAGAGCCUUCCAGACCUCCCGCCUCCCAAGACUAUUCCAGAGCGGAAGCAGCUCACUGUUCCAAAGACUGAGUCUCCUGAGGGUUACUAUGAAGAGGCAGAGCCAUAUGACACAUCCAUCAAUGGUCUUUAUGGCAGAUAUCUCCCUACUGAAGUUCCCCGAUGGGCACAGUUGCCUGAAGGAGUCAUUUAUGCCACGAUCACCUUGGAGGACGGAGAGGCUGUGAGCAGCUCCUAUGAGUCCUACGAUGAAGAGGAGAGCAGCAAAGGCAAGACAGCCCCCUAUCAGUGGCCCUCACCGGAGGCCAGCAUCGAGCUGAUGCGUGAUGCUCGUAUCUGUGCCUUCUUGUGGCGUAAGAAGUGGCUGGGCCAAUGGGCCAAGCAGCUCUGUGUGAUCAGAGACACCAGGCUCUUGUGUUAUAAAUCCUCCAAGGAUCACAGUCCUCAGCUGGAUGUGAACUUGCUGGGCAGCAGUGUCAUUCACAAGGAGAAACAAGUACGGAAGAAGGAGCACAAGCUCAAGAUCAUACCUAUGAACGCCGAUGUGAUUGUCCUGGGCCUGCAAAGCAAGGACCAAGCCGAGCAGUGGCUCCGGGUCAUCCAGGAGGUGAGCGGUCUGCCUUCCGAAGGAGCCUCUGAGGGAAACCAGUAUACCCCAGAUGCCCAACGCCUGACCUGUCAGAAACCAGAUAUAGCCGAGAAGUACCUGUCAGCUUCGGAGUAUGGAAGCGCCAUUGAUGGGCAUCCUGAAGUCCCAGAGACCAAAGACGUCAAGAAGAAAUGUUCUGCUGGCCUCAAACUGAGCAACCUAAUGAACCUGGGCAGGAAGAAAUCCACCUCACUGGAGCCCCAGGAGAGGUCCCUCGAGACAUCCAGCUACCUGAAUGUGCUGGUGAACAGCCAGUGGAAGUCACGCUGGUGCUUAGUUCGGGACAGUCACCUGCAUUUCUACCAGGACCGGAACCGGAGCAAGGCAGCCCAGCAGCCCCUUAGCCUGGUGGGCUGUGAGGUGGUCCCAGACCCUAGCCCCGACCACCUAUAUUCCUUCCGUAUCCUCCACAAUGGCGAGGAGCUGGCCAAGCUUGAGGCUAAGUCCUCAGAGGAGAUGGGCCACUGGCUAGGUCUCCUGCUCUCCGAGUCAGGCUCCAAGACAGACCCAGAAGAGUUCACCUACGACUAUGUAGAUGUUGAAAGGGUUUCCUGUAUUGUGAGUGCAGCCAAAACCUCGCUCUUACUGAUGCAGAGAAAGUUCUCAGAGCCCAACACAUACAUUGAUGGCCUGCCCAGCCAGGACCGCCAGGAGGAGCUAUAUGACGACGUGGAGAUGUCGGAGCUGACGACAGGGGCAGAACCCACAUCAGAAGCCACCCCUGCUGUAGACAGUCACAGUGAGAGUGAGCUUGAUCGAGUGUAUCUGGACCUUACACCUGUCAAGUCUUUCCUGCACAGCCCCAGUGGGGUGCAGGCGCAGACUUCUCCAACACUGCUGCAUCUGGACGACCUGGCCGAGAUCCUCCCAGCAGACCCCAGUCCAGUCCCCACCCCAGAUGAGCUUCCCACAAAGCCUCCAGAGAGCCUGGAAGAACAGAGACAGCUAGAGAGCCUGGAGUCCUCAGAACCCGCGGAGCCCGUCCUGAAAAUCACCACCGUCAAAUUGCAGGCUGAGCAGCAGAGAAUUUCCUUUCCAGCCAACUGCCCUGACACUGUGGCUACCAGCCCCGCCAGUGCCAGCCCACCCGUGAAAGACAGGCUGAGGGUGACCAGUGCAGAGAUCAAACUUGGGAAGAAUCGGACAGAGGCUGAGGUGAAACGGUACACAGAGGAGAGAGACAGGCUGGAGAAGAAGAAGGAAGAGAUCCGGGGACACCUGGCUCAGCUCCGGAAGGAAAAACGGGAGCUGAAAGAGUCCCUGUUAAAGUGCACAGACAAGGGAGUCCUGGCCAGCCUGGAGCAGAAGUUGAAGGAAGUGGAUGAAGAAUGCCGGAUCGAAGAGAGCAAGCGUGUGGACCUUGAGCUUAACAUCAUGGAGGUGAAGGACAACCUGAAAAAGGCUGAGGCUGGGCCUGUGACACUGGGCACCACCGUAGAUACCACCCACCUGGACAACAUGAGCCCCCGUCCCAAAGCUGCCACACCUACCCCCACUCCAGACUGUACCCCAGUCAACUCUGCAUCUGUGCUCAAGAACAGGCCUCUUUCAGUCAUGGUCACAGGCAAAGGCACUGUCCUCCAGAAAGCCAAGGUUGAUACAGAGGAUAACUUUCUUUUGGGGGUGUACACUUGUGUUUGGUACCAUAGGAAUGGGAGAAGAAAGGAGCAAGUUAGGAGACAAUCAUCUAAAGACUCUUAAUGUCAAUGUGGACCUUGGUGACAAUCCUGCUUUGGUAAAGUCUUCAUUAAAACAGCACCUCUGAGGAAGGGGUGAGUCUGUUUGGAAGAAAAAGCAAGGAAUAAAGUGCUGUGAGUGGAGAGCUUUGGUCAGUGGAGGAAAACAAGCCAAAGGGAGGCUACAGCAGCAGCAUCAGAGGCUUCCUUGGAGACCCGAGUCUAUUGGCUGUAAUGAGACAUUGUACUUAGGAGUGUUCUGUGUUUCUUUUCUUGUUCUAUUUUUAAAUUUCAUCCAUCAGUCCAUCAUUUUAUCAAGAUUUUUAAGUAGUGAAAAAUGGCCAUGUGACUUUGGUGCCUGAGAACACCUCCACUUUAGCCCCUCAUCUCUUAUCCUAUGCUUGGCGAUGUUGAGGGUUAAACCAUCCUUGCCUCCAAGUUUGUUCUCUUCCACAUUAAUGAGCCCGACUUGGUCUUUGAUUUUAAACAGCAUUGAGCACCAGUGGCACAAACUUUAAAAAAGAGCAGCAGAGGCAAAUAUUUAUGACCAAGAUAAGGCACUGAGCCGGUUAAGGACUUUUGUUCAGUUCAAGGUAACUGAAAAAAAAUUUUUUUAAAAAAUUAAGCAAUGUUGUAUCAUACAGGAAAAUAUAUAAUCCCCAUGUUUACAAAUUCAGUCCUAUGGGUAGGCCUCUUUUAAAGGAAGAGUUAUUUAAUAUAAUCUUGUCAUUUUUAUUUUAAAGAUCUGUUUUCAUUUCUGGUCCCCUUGUAAGAAAAACAAUGGUGAAUUUGGGCAGCCUUCCUCUUUCUUCAAAUUGGCAGUGCUGUCCAGUAUGUGGCCUGUCUCUGUGACGGCAUUAACACAGGUUGAAACAUUUCAUCUGUCACCCUUGUCCCAUUUCUGGGCAUUCUGAAUCAGAGUUCUCUAACACUGGUUCCUGAAAGCAAAAGGUCUUUUUUUUACGUUUAUUGUCUUUCUAAUCCCAGGGCAUUUAUUUCCUGUGUCAUAAACACUUGGUGACUUUACCAUGUUGUGAGUUAGAUUUUUUUUUUAAUAAAACAUUCAUUGUA